AACACCCCACCCCUCUACCCUGCUACAGACCCACUGGAGAGAGAACCCAACACCCCACCCCUCUACCCUGCUACAGACCCACUGGAGAGAGAACCCAACACCGCAGCCCCCUUUCCCUAGCUCCUAGCUCCUAGACCCUUUCCCUUUUUCGGCGGUUGGUGGAGAUGUAUCACGUGUGUUUGUAUGUGUGUGUGUCUCCCUAGCUCAUGCUGAGCAGUGGGGUACUGGUGACCCUGUCCCUAAAUGGACCCCAGCUGGACCGUGUGUGUGUGGACCGGACACUUGUGGGUCGUCUGCCCGCCAACACUGUCAGUGAUGCGGUGCUCAGUGAUAGGCUGCUGCUGCUGUCAUUCCUGGAGAAGAGCCAGGUGUGUGUAGUCUAUCUGAACAGGAAGAACCAGGGAUCACCUGACACCAGCCACCGACUGGAGAAACUCUCCCCAUCAGAACUCAAGGUGGCGUGUGUGGAGGUGCGUGGCCCCCCAGGGCGCAGGCAGGGCAGGCGUGUGGAUCUGAACUGUCUCCAGGACGUAGCAGUGUGUUGGUGGUCCCUGGCUAACACUAAUGAUGAACUGUGGCCCUGGAACCCUAGCCACACACACACUGAGAGGGACAACCUAGCACUACUGAGCUGCUCCAGUACUGAGGGCCUCAAGGUGCUCAGCUCCAUGUGUACUGAGGGUGACCUGUUGGAUCUCUGCUUCAGUCUCCUGCAGCCGUACCAGCUUCUGUCCGUGGAGCUGCCUGAAGGACCCCAAGGAUCCCACACCACCACCACCGGGACGUCCUGGGCAGACGCCUGUGUGUACGAGUGCGCCCACGGCUGCCUCCAGCGUCUCUCGGCGACCCGUAUCCCCCUCUCCUCGCGCCCCGUCUCCUGCUGCCGCCACCCCUCCUCAACCACCCUGCUACUGGGCCUCAGCGACUCCUCUCUGGUCCUCUACGAUGAGAGGAGAGGGGUGACGCUGCUCGCCCCCUGCCCCAUCCCGCCCGUCCUGGUGGCCUGGCACCCUGCAGGGGGGGUGGUGGUGGUGGGGGGGGGUGAUUUUGCUCCUCUAGGGUUGACCCUAGUGGGAGAGGACCCAUCCCCAGCCACCAUCACUCUGAGGCUUGCCCAGCAUCUGUGCUGUCCUGGGGGGCUGGAGGGGCUGCAGUGGGCUGGGGAGACGGGGCUGGAGGGAGCUGAUACACUGAUGCUGGCCUUCCAUGGAGGAGCACUGGCCGCACUGAGAUUCAGACUGGGUGCUCUGUCAGGGGGUCAGCUGGGUCCGGGAGAGCUGUUGCAACAGAGGUUACGCUGUGGCCAGGUGGACCAGGCUCUAGGAAUUCUGGGAGCCAUGGAGUGGAGCACUAUGGGAACGGAGUGUUACCGGGCACUGACCUCUGUCACAGACUACCUGCUGAGGCUAGAGCUGGACCAGACCAGAGAGGCCCAGUUGGAGGCAGCUCUGGGUGUGUUCUAUGUUCCGCCCCGCCCCCUCUCUGACUCGGUGGUUCUAGAAUACAGAGGGCCAAUCAGCAAGUACGCCCGACGCUUCUUCCACCACCUACUCAGACACCAGCGCUUUGAGAAGGCUUUCCUGCUGGCGGUUGACAUUGGAGCUAGAGACCUGUUUAUGGAUCUCCAUUAUGUAGCGUGUGAUAAGGGAGAGGUGGUUCUGGCAGAAGUGGCCCAGAGGAAGGCUAAUGAAAUCCAUGCUGAAGAAGGCGUAAGCACGAGCAGGACCAACCAACAGGAGCUGGCCACAGGAGGAGAGCAACACCGGGACCCUGAGCACUGAUCAGGCAUGACCAUGGAGACAAACAGGUGAACGAAGACUCAGGGAAGCUGAAAGUGGUUAAUUUUGGUCUUUGACCUUUUCUUUCUCGACUGUAAACUCCAUCUUUUUUAAUGCAUUAUUUUAAUCAAAUAUAUUCUGUAAAUAUAUCUGAUAACUGAUUUAGCUCUAUUCUGAAAUGUUGAUGCGUGAUUAGCCUAAGAAUUAUGAAUUUAAGUCUAAGUCAAAUGUGAAUAACUAUGCUAAUGUCUUGCUAGUAGGUUUUAUUUUAACAGAAGGUUCUAUAGGAUAUUUAUGCCUAGUCCUGUCCAGACCCAUCUGUUCUCUCACCCAGCCCUCCUGCUGAAAAAUUGUGUUUUACAUUUUCUGCCCAUUUCAUUGAAUUGUACUUUAAUCCCAGCCUUGUUUAAAACAGUGCAGUAAAUUGGCUUUUUGUUUUUCAUGAUUGACCCUGGUCACCUUUUACAGUAUCCUAAUACAGAGCUGUAAACUAGCCUGUUGUAUUGCUGUAUUAAAGAGGUUUUGUAUCUUG